ACCAGCCGAGGAAUUUUUCCAGCUUUAGUUUGUGAUCUGAAGCGGAGUCACCAGCAGUCCAACCGCAACAAUGGCACGACAGGGGUACCAUGUUUGGGGAUUUUUUUUCGUGAUUUUUUCCGUGUGUAUUUUGGGCAGUCACACGUCUCAGGCCCAGACUACGGUUUCCUCUACUCUUUGCAAUGAAACCUCAAGUAUAGCGGUGGAUCUGGAUAAGUUCUCUGGUAUUUGGUGGGAGGUUGCCCGUCAGCCCUCCACCUCCUACUUUUGCACGGAGGUGAACAUCACAGUACUCCCCAACGCCACUCAGGAUAAUGUACUGAUCCACACAGCCUACGCGGUGUCUCCAGACUAUCCCUGGGUCAAUCAAACCAUGAACGCCACGAUUACAGUGCUCAAUAACACCGAAGUUCAUGAUGGCUACAACUUCACUUACUGGAACCCUCCCAACUACAACCCGUAUACAGUGUUCAAAGUCCUUUACACCGAUUACAUCAACGUGACCUUCGUUUGCGGCUAUACAAAUCAGACUGAUAGCUCGACAUCCUUUGGAAUUAUUCUCACUCGGGAUCGCACACCCACCACGGAUAACAUUGAUCAAAUGGAAAGCUUGGCGUCAACCUAUAGCCCUAAUUUCCUUAAUGGUACAAUGUCUCUGAUAACUCAGGGCGAAACAUGCUAUGCUGCCGGAGCGAACUCUUCCGCAAUUAUCUCUACGCUGCUGAUUGCCUUGACCUUGUUCUUUGGUUUUAUCGGAAUUUAAUAUUAUUCUUGUUUCCAUUUAAAAAAUAAAAUCUGUCAAUAAAUUGUAAUAAAUAUAAUAUACAAUAUACAAAAUAUACAAUAUACAAAGUUUAAACAACAA